AUUGGCGGCUGCUCCUGCGGCAUGGCUGCUCUCUGUGCUCCAGGCCACCGCCGACACCUGUGGAUAAGUAGCUGCAGCGGCCCGGUACAGGGACACUGUCUCCGGCUGUGACCAUGGCCAGGACUGGUUUCUGCGAAUCCAAGCCCCUGCUGGACUUACACAAGAAGGCGGAUGAGAGGCGAGCCCCGUUAAGAACUCGGUUGAAUGCCUGUGGACCUAUAGAUUGCUGGCGGCCUGCAGAAGUAGAUGAGUCCAGAAUGGCUCCUGUGAAAAUGGAGCCAGAACGCAGAUGGGAGAGGAGGUUAUCGACGCAAACAAGUGAAGGCAUCCUCAUGGGGUUCCAUGAAGACAGUCAAACACGCUCAGCUGCAGAUGGGUGUUUGGAGGAGCCUGUGCUUCGUUACGCUCAUGGGCUGCAGGGUCUUCACAGCCUACAGGCACUGGUGCCCAGCUUGCUGCGCCAUGAAGUGGAGACGGCUCUGGAGAAACUGGACCUCAUAUGGGACCGGACGUACGCCUGGGACAUGUUCUUGGAUAUGAUGAGAACUCAAACAAGACAGUCUUUUCCCAAUGCCGACCUGCCCCGGCACUUCACUGAUGCCACCCGCUCUGUCCUGGUAGACUGGCUUAUUCAAGUACAUGAAAUUAUGAAUUUUCAGGAAGAGACCCUUUAUCUGGCCAUACAUCUCCUCAACCGAUCCCUGCGUCAGAUCAAGGUGACCACAGUCAACCUGCAGCUCCUCGGCAUGGUUUGUCUUUUCCUUGCUGCAAAGAAGGAAGAGUGUCUCCUACCUGAGGUCUCCUCACUUUGCUACUUGAUGGACCACGCCUACACUAAACAUCAGGUGCUGCGAAUGGAGCGCAAAGUCCUCCAAGGGCUGAAUUUCGAUUUGUCCUACUGUCCCCCUUUGCAUUUUCUCCUCCUCCUCGCCUCCAUUGCACGCUGCAGUGCUAAGGUGGUGUGGAUGGCUCGUUAUCUGCUGGAGCUGUCUCUCCUGGAGAGCCAAUGUGUGGUGUUCCUGCCUGUGCAGCUUGCAGGAGCUGCUCUCUGCUUGUCCCGCCAAGUUCUGCAGGAGCCCCCGACACCAGAGGGGGAGGCUGCCUGGUGUCUGGCCUCCAGCAUCCAUGUCGGCAGUGAGCCUGCCCUGCUGAGGAUCAUGCACAUCCUGGCCGGUGCAGCAGCCAGGGCCCACACCCCAGAGACCUGGGCUACUUUUAUUAAAUUCUCCUCCCCAGAGGCCAUGCAUGUGAGCAGACACCCAGGUCUAAAGAACGCUGCUGCUCUGCUGGGUCUUUGCACUUGACAUUCCUGAUUCCCAGAAACUUGAUCAUAUGCUAAAGUUUCAAGGUAUAGAUGCUUGACCAGUAUAACUUGAGGACUUGCCCUGGUCUAAGCGCCUGACCAGGGCUGUAUAUUCUUUGCUGUGGAUCCUGAAGAGUUUCCAUGCAAAUGUGUGAGGAAGAAGUAUGAAUGACUUGAUGCCAAACAUUGUUUGACAAAGGACUGUAUGCACUUUGCGUGUCUGUAAUUUAGCUAAGCCUGUGGCACACCUGUUUUAUGAUCUUAUCUUGCAGCCAAUUUAGAAAAAUAUUAGAAUUGUAUUGAUGUGUCCUUGUCUUGUCAUUUUGCGAAGAGGAUGUGGGCUGUGUCAAUUAUUUUGAAAGUUUUAAUGUUAAAAUAAAGAAUCUGCUGCAAAGUU